AUGAAUUUUUGGCUAUCUAAAACUGUCCCUCAGCGGACUCAUAUGAAACACCAAAUUGAAGAACACGGUGGGAGAGUAGUGAUUCUAGAAAAAGAUGCUGAUUUCCUCCUCGUUGACCAUCUAAGAAAGGAUAACCCGCCCGGCACUUACUCCUACCAGUUUGUGGAGCGUUCAAUCCGUCAAGGGGUACUCCAGGAGCUGGACAAAUUUAUGGCUGGAGUUCCCCGUGCCAGUGUCCGGCAACCCCCCAUGGGUCCGGCAAGACGGUAUAGAGAACCGUUCACGGCAAAAGAUGAUCAAAUUCUCUACGAUUGGAUGAAACCUUUUGAGCAGGCUGGUGGGGCAGUAUCCGGGAAUAAGAUAUACCAGCAGUUAGCAGCUCAGCAUCCGAAUCAUACAUGGCAAUCAUGGCGAGAACGAUAUUUAAAAAGAGUCCGGGAGCUUCCACGACCGCGAACAGAUUGUACGGCAUCUAACAGCUCUAUACAACCAAGGCCACAACAUAAGAUCUCUAGCACACCUAUACCAACAAGCCAAAUACAAUUUAACGGUUUUACAGAAAAAGACAGGGAUAUCCUUCUUCAAAACGCGAAACAUAUCUUAGAUGUUUCACCAAAUGCAGAAGAUGAGAUGUGGCGUGAGUUUGCUGAAAACGAGGGUAAACAUUCAGCAAUGGAAUGGAAGAACUACUUCCAUACAUUUAUUCGCCCAAUAUAUGAGUCUACAUUGAAGAAAAAGCGACAAGCCAUGCCAAGGUACAGCAGUAUAUCUGACACCACGGAAAGGCCACGGGGAAAUACCAACAUAACACAUUAUGAGCAAAAAGGUGGGACGGCCAGUGAGGUAGAAAGUUCUAAAACAAAAAGGAGGCGCACCCUCCCCGACUCCUUCGUCCCCAGUGAUGCUGUUUCUAGGGGUGUAGAUAGGAAACAUCAAAGCGGGAGCCAAGCAUUGGAGUCCUGUGUAUCUCGCAGCUUUUCAACGGGGCCACUGAAACCGCCAUCUACUUCCAGAGAAGGGUUGCAUGGACAGCACAUGAGUUCUGAGCAACAGGAAAUCCCCCCGCAAGUCAUCCUUCAAAAACCAAUACAAGGUCCGCAAUCAGGAGUACAUAGUGCGCAGAGUGUUACUGCCGAAAAAUAUGACGCCGAGGAUGGGGCCGAAGAGGUAGACGAAUGGAUUAGAUCUCGAGUACGGCGUGGCCAAGGAGCAAUAUCCGAGGAGCAAGUUCGGAUGGCUCUCCGCUGUACAACGAUGGACGAUUUACUCGCUGAUAAGGUGCUUGAGUAUUUCCAAGCUGGGCAGGGUAUCCCGCUGAACAUGAAAGGGGUAUGGAGUGAAGAUGAUGAUGCUGCCCUUCAAGGGGUGGAUCCGCGCGCCAUUGACCGCGUUGAACAAAAGCAUGGCAGAGAAGAAUUUGAUGCUCGAUUCGAAUACCUAAUGGAGUUAUGUGACGAGCUUUACGGAGCAUUAUAUUCAACAAAUAAAGCAUACACAACUCCACUAGACAGUUGA